GUUCGGUCACACUGCACACAUAUCUCAGAAAUUUUGUUGGAGGAAGACGUCGCCGUCGCACUUAAUUCCGUCAAUUAAAAUAUUUUGGCCAUAAAUGCAAGUGCAAAAGACCAACAAACAAACGUUGGUAUGCGUAGUGCAUGCUAAAUUCGUACCAAAAACCUCAAUAGACGAAUAGCUGUUUUCAGUGCGCUUCGAAAAAGAAAGGACAAGGCUUUAACAGUGCAAAGAUAACGCGCGCAUAUAAAAAUCGAUUCGUAUUUCUUCAAUUUCAGCAGGGCGCGUGACAAUUUGGCGGCUUAUAUGUCAAUAUUACUAUGAAAUUGGAUGAAAUUGUCGCAUGGUACCAGAAAAGAAUCGGCACCUAUGAUAAGCAAGAAUGGGAGAAAACUGUCGAACAGCGCAUUUUGGAUGGCUUCAAUAGCAUCAACUUGAAGAAUACCAAACUAAAAACUGAACUCAUCGAUGUAGAUCUAGUGCGAGGCUCGACAUUUCCCAAGGCUAAGCCAAAGCAAACGCUGCUCACCGUCAUUCGUCUGGCCAUACUUCGAUAUCUGUUACUGCCCCUCUACGCACAAUGGUGGGUCAAGCAGACGACACCGAAUGCCUUUGGCUUCAUACUCUGCCUGUACGUCACACAAUUGAUCAAUUGGGCUGUAUACAUUAUGCACAGCAAUCGUCUAGUGCCGCUGGCUUAUGUGCAGGAAACGAAUGGCACGACGACAGCAGGCGCUGCUGUCGAUAAGCAAACGGAGGAGAAUGCCGAUUUGCUUAGUGCACUCCUAAUACCCUGUGCGCUUAGUUUGCUGAUUAGCUUAAUACACUCACAGAUUGUGGCAACGAAUACGGCGCCGGGUGUCAGCAAUAAAAGCAAAUUGCGACGUUUUUCCAUGUCCACAUUGGGCGAGAAACCAAAUGCGCCCAGGGAGCAGCGUUUAAGGCGACGCAAGAAGUUUGUGCGCUUGCGACAAGCCGAAUCCGACGAUUCCCAGUCGAAUAGUAAUCAUGCAUUGAGCACGCGACGUGCCAAAUUGCCGCCCCUUAACACUGAAGCCAGCCCCGACUCUAAGCCCUGCAAUUGCAACACAGUUCCUAGUGAGGAGAUCUUCCCUUCCACAACUGCCAUAACCAUACAUCAUCAUCAUCAAGCAGCUGCAGCGGAUAGCACAACGCUAAACGAUCCGCUCUACAACCUCAGACAGACGGCAAAUUCAGCAUCCGAAAGCCCGCACAAGAAACGCAAUGUCAAUUGGCAUACGCCCAUACAGAUCUAUGCCACAUUUGAACAGAAUGAGCUGCCCUCGUCCAGCAUUGAGCACAACAAAAGCAAUGGCCCAGCUACAAAUGGUGCACGUCUGGAGCCCAAUUAUAGGCCAGCAAAUCGAAGUAUUGGCGAAGACGACGGCUUCGAGAGCCUGAACAACAAAAGCUCCAGCGGCGAGGACAACAACCAUUCGCCCAAUGUCAACAGUGCUCCAAAUGCUGGCAGCACAACAAAUGUCGUCACAGUGCCGCCAACUCAUCUCCGUCUGCGUCUCAAUGUGAGCAGCAGCAACAAUACGACAGCCGAUUCAACUGAUAAAAUCACCCAUGAAUCCACCAGCAGCUGUGCGGAAUCGGACGAAUGUGACGAUGCGGAUAUUAUAUCAAGUCCAGCUUCAGCUGGCACACAGGAGUGCAAUACAUCUGCGACCGAUUGGCUAGGCGUCACAACCAACAGCGAAGAUUGUAGCUAUACAUCCGAAUUGGAUCAAUCCGAUGGCGGCUAUAGUAAGCAUCAGGCAUGCAGCGAUGAAGAGAUGCCAGAACUGGACAUAACGCCAACGACUAUACUUAAUCCGCACAGCAGCCUGGACCGCAUUAGUUGCACCAUCUGGGAUCAACGCGAUGCCAAGAAGGCCCAAAUGUCUGUCUUGGAAAUAGCUUCGUGCAUUAUCGAACGCGUCGAUUCGCUGGGCGUGACCAAUGAUUAUAUUUAUAUAGGCGUCUUUUUCUCGUUUCUGCUGACGUUCAUACCCACAUUUUGCAGGCUAUGCGAGAUCACAAUUGAUGCGGAUAAGGCUAAUGAGAUAAGCUAUUUCUAUAUGCCACAAUUGCUGUGGAAGAAGUCGUCGUCCUCGUUUUUUACACUAUUAGGCUUUGCCUUUGGCGAAGAGCAAUGGGAACGUACAGUGCUGGCGCUGGGCUUUGUGCAACGCCUCUGCCUGACGCUUAUAUUGUUUAUGAUAUUCGCUGUGGCCGAACGCACCUUUAAGCAGCGCUUUUUGUAUGCCAAGUUAUUUUCACAUCUGACUUCCUCGCGACGUGCUCGCAAAUCGAAUCUGCCGCAUUUUCGACUCAACAAAGUGCGCAAUAUUAAGACCUGGCUGAGCGUGCGCUCCUACUUGAAGAAACGCGGUCCGCAGCGUUCGGUUGAUAUUAUUGUAUCGGCCGCAUUUAUAGUCACUUUGCUGCUUUUGGCUUUUCUGAGCGUGGAGUGGCUAAAGGAUUCGGUUAAUUUGCAUACGCAUCUCACGCUGGAGGCGCUCAUUUGGUCCAUUACGAUUGGCAUCUAUUUGCUGCGCUUCAUGACGCUUGGCCAAAAGAUUCAGCAUAAAUAUCGCAGCGUUUCGGUAUUAAUAACUGAACAAAUCAAUUUGUAUUUGCAAAUCGAACAAAAACCUAAGAAGAAGGAGGAAUUAAUGGUCUCAAAUAGUGUGCUAAAGCUGGCCGCCGAUCUGUUAAAGGAGCUCGAAACGCCAUUCAAGAUCUCUGGUCUCAGUGCCAAUCCAUAUCUGUUCACAACCAUCAAGGUGGUCAUCCUAUCUGCUCUCUCGGGCGUGCUAAGCGAGGUGCUGGGCUUUAAAUUGAAGCUACAUAAAAUUAAAAUUAAGUAAGCCAAAACAAAAAAAAAAACGGAAACUAAAUUUAAAUAAAACUAAUAGAAUUAGCGAAUGGAGGUACAGCAAGAAACAGACGGCGGCCGAAACGUAUGUUAUAUUUUUGUAGUACAAUUUUUUGGAAUGCUUUAAAAAAAAAAA